AUGGCAGUGCUGCCACCCACGGAGGCAGAAGGAGGAUGGAUCACACCGCGGGCAGAGAGAUGGUUGGAAUACCGCCGCCAUCUCGCAGCUGGCGCUAGCAGCAGGAAGACAUCCCAAGCUUCACCUUCGGAGGUUGGUGGACAAAGUCAGCUCCCGGCAGUGCGUGCAGCGCACACACGUGCAGAGGCGUCGCAAAGAUAUCGGCGCCCGCACGUCUUGCACGUGGAGCUCGACGAGCUGAUCUUGAAUGCCGCAGACCUUGGCCUGGAGCUGGCCUGGUACGAGACUGCAAAGUACUUCGUCUCUUUGCAUCCAAGCUCCGUGCGCCUUCCCACCGUGCAGUGGCCAAGCGAAGCGCCACGCCCGAAGCCGCAUGCAAAUUACAUGGCCUCUCUGGCACAGCCAGCUCGGGCUUCCAUGUCCGGCGUGUACGACAAGCAAGAGGUGGUGCAGAUUCAAGAGAAGCUGGAGAUGCACGUCGAUGCCUUGGAUUCGCACUUUGUGAUGUUCUUGUGGUGCCAGCGGAGCUCCUUACUCGGAGACUCGACAGUUCUCUUGGGCUACCGGCCCAUUCCUCUGCGAGUUGAGACGCUAUACUGUCGCUGGGCAGCCUGGGACAUCUCGGACUUGGAGGCCGCGCAAGAGCUGGCACAGCUCAGGAUCCGCCUGACCGUCGUUGCACCGCCGGGGCAGAUCCGGCUGGCACAUCUCUCUGACGUGCACGAGACAGGGUUCACCCUGAAUUGGAGCGAACCCCUAGGAUCCCCUGCCACGGCCUACGCAGUGUCCAUACAUGCGCCAGGGACCGCGGUUGCCCUGUCACGACAGACCACCUCGAGCCACGAAGUACCACUUGGUGGAUUGUCGCCGGGCAAAACCUAUGUCGUGGACAUUACGGGGAUGAAUCAGGCCGGUUGGGGCGAAGGCCUCAAGCUGGAGGCCUCAACGCGGCCAGCUUGCUUGGCCCUCGGCCAUCACAGUGGCACCGUGCAGCCCAUCGCAAUGAGGAGCGCUUUGGUUGCGCUGCUCUUCGGGAUGACUUCUGCAUCGAACCACUCGCUGCGAUCCGGCGGUGCCACGAGCCCCAUUGCUAUUCGGGGAAACAUGCUCUUCAGUGCCAACGGCGAGCGCUUCUUCGCAAAGGGCAUUGCCUACAACCCACGGAACGGCAACUAUGGGCAGGUGCUUGGAAGUCACAAGCCCGAGUGCAAGGCCGGGACCCCGAAGUUCCCGCCUCUGCCAUACUACGGCGACCCAACGGCGGACGAGAUGGCAGACCAGUUCUCGGAGUAUCUGCCGCUGAUCAAGAAGCUUGGAGCCAACACCAUCCGCCUUUACAACAUCGACCCCGAGAAAUCGCACCGGAAGUUCAUGGAGCAAGCGGCCUCCUUGGGCAUCUAUGUUCUGGUGCCGCUGACAAGAGGAGACUGGGGGUUCUUGCCAGCCCUUCCCAGCCCUCAGUGCUACUAUGAAGACCUCCCAGACUACGGCCACGUGGGCCUCAAUUUGCUGACUUCCGCGAAGCUCAUCGUGGACCAGUUCAGCCAGUAUGAGAACACGUUGAUGUUCGUCGUCGGGAACGAAAUCGAGCUGCUGGACAAGGAAGGCAUGGCGGCAUACCCUUGUGUGAAAGCGCUCACGCGUGACAUCCAUCGAUACCAGAAGGAGCAGGGCUACAGGAGUGUCCCACUCAUCUACUCGGACAAGGACCAGGGAAACAAGGACCGUUUGCACAUCGCGAACUACCUGACCUGCGCACUGGAAAGCCCCGACGAUGCAGUGGAUGCCUUCGGUCUCAACGCAUACUCCUGGUGCGAUCCGACCUACGGCAGCUUCCAGUACUCCCCGUACAAGUCGAUUGCUGAUGACUUCGCCACCUUCUCGAAGCCAUUCCUAUUCACCGAGUUCGGCUGUAACAUUGGCAGCUUUCAGUGGUCUUGCCCGGCCUACAAAGGUGGCCGCACAUGGCCGCAGGUUGGGGUUAUGAUGGACAAAAUGAGCGACCUCGUUAGCGGAGCAGUGGCCUUUGAGUUCUCGAUGGAGAACAACGAGUUCGGGUUGGUGCUGACGCCCGGAUUCCUUCAAGGGCAAGACACGGUCAAGCUUACGGACAGUUACUAUGCCCUGCAGAAGGAGUUCGAAUCUCACACAGCCAAGAGUUUCGCGCAGCCAACCCGAUCGGUGCCGUGGCAUGUCCAUUGCAUUGUUGUUUAG